GAGGUGACCUCCGAGGUGGACGAAUGGGGUCAGACAUGGUACUUCCGGUUUGCACCUGCACAAGCCGCCUUCCAGGAGAGCUUGAUGCCACCGGGCGCUUUCAUUGCGUCGCGCGACGAUAAAACCGGAGGGUCCAAGAUGUACACCGCGUUCAAGAGCACACAAACCUUCGAGGAGUACACUGCGAGGAUGGCCGCCGACUGCCGAACGCCGCACUUGCACGAGAUCUUGCUCGCUUCAGAUGCUUCUUGGCUCUACUCGGACCUCGACUAUACGUCGCGUGCCGACGAUCCACAAGACUUUCUCGAGAGGCGCCAGCAUCUCCACCACCUCCUCGAGCACUUCUGCACCCACAUCAUGCAGCUUCCUCCUGGUCUACUCCAGCCCCUUGAAGUUGCUGCAUCCCAUGGAGCCCUUUCCCACGGUCUUUACAAGUGCAGCGUUCACGAGGUUUGGAAGGGAGUCUCCUUCUCGGAUCUGGAGGCGCGUACUGAAUUCAAAUCGGCCUUCAGCCACUUCUUGGACCACCCCCCGGCGGAGCUGGCACGCAGCGCGGAGUUCAUUGGAUACAUGAAGCCCGACAGCGGGAAGAGAGAACAAAUCUCGGAUGAUUCCGUCUACUCGAGGAACCCAAACUGGCGCACGCUCCGCUCAAGCAAACUCGGAAGCACGCGCAUCCUCUGCCCGGACGAGAGUAGCUCAGAGCGAGUUUCCGACCACCUCAUCGGUGUUCGCGAUGAGCAAGAACUGGCGCGCGCGCACAAGAUCGACGUCCGACCGCUGCAAGAGUACAACGCAGCGGCUGGAGGGGGUGGCGCAUCGAGUCGCGCGGCGCAGGGCCGUGUCAGCGAUCGGCAGAUCCCCGUACGAUAUUCCUCUAAGCAGCAUGAACCACUGGAACGGGACCUCGGCCCGGAGGAGAGAGCGCGCCUGCUCAGGUGCUGUCAGCAGGAUCAUCCCGGGGCUAUGCUAGGGCGGAUCGAGCAACCAUGCCCAGGGGUUUUCUGCGUCCACAUCUGCAGCCCUCCGGAAAGUCGGACCUGUUGCAUUGCGGGGCGAACGCAUACCAGCGAGGGCAACGGACAGUAUCUCGUCUACCGUCGGCGACGACCAGCCGAGGCGGCCUACAAGUGCUUCUCACCGAGCUGCCAAUUGCCACGUUAUGCGGUUAGUCAGAAACGACCUCGACUCAUGAUGGAACCGGACCACAUCGUGAAGACUGGCUAUGUACAUUCAAGAAGUCGUGCUUACCUUGAUGCAGAGGCAUCGAGCGCCUCUGCUCUCUCGAGACGUCCCUCUGUUGGACCGAGGAAUUACUCGCUGCCGACUGAAAUGCGACCCUAUCCCACGGUCAAGAUCCACUCGGAAACCCUGCGGACGCUUCUGGUGAAAGCGAACAAGGGGGUCGGGAAGUCGAAGGCCGGUACUGCCUAUCUAGUGGAGAUGCUCGAGAAGAACCCAUCUGCCAGUUGCGUCGUCAUCGCUGGCAACGUGGCGCUGGCUGACAAGCACCUGGAGGAGCUCCAUCGAGCGGGGCUGACGGACUUCGUGCUCUACUCCGAUGUCGAGCCCUCGUAUAUUGAAGACGAGAGAAUCGUCAUCUGCAUCAACUCCUUGCCCCGACUGAACUCCCUUGACAAAGACAUCGUCUACAUGGACGAGAUCGACAUGACGCUGGGCAAUCUAAACUCCGACGUUAUGAGGGACCGCAGAUCGGUGUUUAUGGCUCUGCACGCAAUGCUUCGGGUCGCACGCAUCGUCGUGGGGCUGGAUGCGAAUGUGGACAGUCCGCGCGUAACCGAGUGGCUUCAAGCGGUCCGCCCAAACGCUCUGAUGCACGCCAUUUGGAACACGGGAGUUCGCGCCUCGGAGCGAACAGCUACUAUCUGGCCUAUGCCCUCCUCUGGGAAGUUGGAGGACCGCUUUGCUCCGAUCAUCAACCAGAUUCUCGACGAGGUGGAGGCUGGUCAGAACAUCUGGGUCGCCUCGACGAGCAGAACCUUCAUCGAGCAACUCGAGAGGGCAUUCGGUGCAAUUUUCACUGGCACGGACAAGACUCUUCUCACCUUCCACGGCGGAAAAACCUCAGCAGAGGACAAAGAGCAGCUCCGACAGGCAGUGGCUGACCCAGACCGCUACAUGGUGGCCCACUGUAUGGGAUACUCUCCGACCAUAGGGCCGGGAGUCUCGCAAGAGGCCCAACACUACCACCGGGGCGUGGGAAUCGCGCUGAACCGCCCAAACGACGGCCCCGAUGUUUUCACCUUCACCCAGAUGUUACAGCGGGUGCGAGAUGGGGGAGAUAUCGACAUCUACUACAUGGAAAUUCCAGCGCCAAAGUUCGUGCCCUCUACCAAAGAGGGCGUGUUCAGAGCAAUCGAACGGCAAGACGCCGAGUUGCACGCUCUGGUGAAACCCUCUGAGGUGCUUGACUUCUUGGAGAGGCCGGGCAAGCGGCCCGUCUGCGAUCGGGAGUCUGCAACCUGCAUUGUGUAUGCCAACAAUGUCCUGGCGAGGUACCAGAGCAUCACAAACUACGUCGGCAUCUUGACAAAGGAUCUCGAACAGCAGGGUUUUCGAGUGGUGAACAGACUGGCGGAGCCGCUGGAUGAUGCCGAUGAGCAGGGUGGACCGGAGCGUAGCGGCGAUUUAGAUCCCGAUGCGAGCCUGUCAGACGACCAGUGGCGAGAAGCCUAUUGUAUCUCGCCGACGGAAUACUACAAGAUAAAGGAAAAAAGGAGGAAACUGAAAGGCGUGAGCGAGCUCGAGCAAAAGCAGGUGGACAUCUACCAUUAUGCAAACGAAGUCUACAAAGUGAACUACAAACAGAUCAACCACACAUUUCUCACUACCUACUGCAACGAGACGGCCAAGCGCAUGUACCUGAACUACCGCAGGUUCCAACGGUCUGCGUACAUAGACGUCCAAGCUGAAUGGGAAAACGAGCUCAGCGAGGCAAACGAUGUCCUCCCCACGAAAGACUACCUAAAGAUUCGCGACCAAGCCAAGCACCGCGUCGUGUUUGCAUACCGCCUGCUCGCAGAGAUGCUCCAGAUCGACCCCGGAAAUUUCGACCGUCUGCAACUCGGAGCUGCUUACCACGUAUCAGAAAAAAACCUUCAAGCUGCCUACUCCAAGCUGAUCGAGCCAAACCUCUACACUGCAAAGCUUCGAUACGAGAUCAAACAGAAGGUGAAACGAGACGAGAACGGCCGUCCGAUGAUGACCGAGGCAUUGAAACGCAACGUGGUAAAGGCAAUCCUCGAGAAGGGUUUAGGGCUGAGGUUUGUGGAGGUGCCGGGGAAGAAGAGCAACAACGAAUUUGUGAAGGAGCACGAAUUCAGCCCGGAGCUUUGGAAAGAGGUGCACGCUACAUACGGACCCGUAGUCUAG